AUGGUUCUGUGGCGAGGUUAUCCUUACCCACCAGUUCGAGGUGAUUCGAUUGAAACUUCUGAAAAUAGUCAUUCAGUAGCUGUAUCUGACUACGUAGAAAUCCGGAGCACUGUAGUCGCUCCUACUUCAGAAGCAUAUUCGAUCAAAUCUCAAUCUAUACAACCACCGAAAACUCCAAAAAUUACUAGCAUUUGCGAUGAACCACCUAUCACCAAGAAAAUUCCAGGCCAACAAAAUUAUAUUACUCUAACUAUUGCCCUGUCUGGCACUCUCAGGGCCGAAGGACCCGUCAACCACACUACACCACCCACACAAUUAGCACCAAGAGUAGGAGCCGGAGCUCCAGUUUACUUGGCAGCUGUCAUGGAAUAUUUGGCCGCCGAAGUUUUGGAAUUGGCUGGAAAUGCUGCCCGUGACAACAAAAAGACGAGAAUCAUCCCUCGUCAUUUGCAAUUGGCUAUCAGAAACAAUGAGGAAUUAAACAAACUUCUUUCUGGAGUCACCAUUGCACAAGGUGGUGUCCUGCCCAACAUUCAGGCUGUUCUUUUACCCAAGAAGACCGAAAAGAAAGCAUAA